GCUUAGUUAGUGGUACUUAAAAAGCAAUCGUAUAGAUAGCAUUAAAAAGUGUUCUUUAACCACUGAUAAUUGUAUCUGAUUCAGUACCUGAUAAUACUUUUAAAAUGUUGUCUAAUUCAGUUUUAGUUGCAGAUAACAAAAUUUUACAAAAAGUUUAGUUUCCCAAUACAGUUGUAUUUCACUUUAAUUGUCUGUAUGAUUUUAUUGCUUUAUCUUGAAAAAUCAAAAUUAACGAAGUCAUCAAGCUUUUAGACUCAACAAACCACAGUAACCCCAAAACAACAGUUCUUUUCAAUUUUUAAAAUAUAAACCAAAAACAGAAAACAAUUUGAAUACGUUUGUAAAGUAAUUCAAAUACCCAUGAACAUAAGGACAUCAUUGAUUUAAGGCAAAAUUUAUAAAACUUUUAAGAGUAAAUUUCAUCUUUUAAAAAAAAAACCAAGAAACCUUAAUUUAUUUUAUCGCUUUAUCUUAAAGAUGGAAGAUUAACAAAGCCAACAAAAAAAAAUAAUAAUUCAUCAUUAUUAUGUAAACAUGUAUUUUUUAUAUUAUUUUAAAAACACAUUACGUACUUUUGUAAAGAGGAGGCCUUUGAUUUUAAGUCAAGCAACAUAUAUCAGAAGUUUCCGUAAUAAUUUGAAAAUUAUUCAGUACUGAUCAGAUCAUGUCCCAAAUAGACAAUACAUUUAUCAAAUUGCGAGCUCGUUUGCGGGAGCGUGAUAUCAAGUUGUGGGAGGAGCCGUACUAUUUCGAUGGCGUGGGCAGUAUCGAAUCGGAGAUGGAUCAUCUGGCGAGGGAUUUGAGUGGAGAACUGGGCAUUAGCACAUCCGAUUGCAGGUGUGCUCUGGCCGAAUUGCAAGAUAGUGCGCUGAGGAAAUUGGCUGCUCGCAGGGAGUUUAAUGACACGGGUUUGGCCACUUUCAAUGUGCGUUGUGUGGACAGCAAAUGCGGAACUUGGCAAAUGAUGGAAAUAAAGUGUUCAUUGAGCGGCCUUGGCUCAGAUCUGCAAAAGGAGGUGGCUAAGAAACUGAAUUUGAGUGAUGCCAGUCAUGUAAAGUGCAUUUCCGGUGGACGCAUUAUCAAUGGACUGAGAACUUUGGCCUCACAGGGUCUGAAAACCAAUCAACAAUUAAUGGUGGUGGUGGGCGGAGAAAACAAGGGACAGGAGUUGCAUGAACGCAUUCAAAGGAUUCGCGCGGAUGUGGAGAUAGUUGCAAAUGCCGAUCAUCGCUUUAUGAAAAUGGAGGAUCAAGAUGGACGUCCGAUUUUCCUGCCACCCGAUGAAAACCGAUCUUUGCUAAUGGCCUUGGGUAUGUACGAAAUAGCCAGGGCAGCCAUGCGAAAAGAAAACUACGAUGAGGCUUUACUUUUGCUACUCGAAGCCGAUGAACUUUUUAGCCAAUGCAACUCCAAGUUUUUGGAAGCGGUGGAUAAUUAUGCUUUGUUAAAUCUGGACAUAGUGUGGUGCUAUCUUUGUCUGAAGAAUAUCACACAAUUACCAGAUGCCCAGCGACGUUUGGAUAUUUGCGAAAGAAGUUUUCACAAGAGUUAUGGAGAGCAGUUUAAUCGUUUAUAUGCCAUUAGGGGUACAAGUUGCCCCGAAAGAGCUCUGAUUAUGAGGCUACACCUGCUCCAAGGUGUGCUCUUCUUUCACCAAAAUCGCAGAGAUGAGUCAUAUGAAAGAUUGGAGGAGGCAGCCAAAGCCUUGGAUGAAUUAAAAGUCGAUGACAAUGCCCUUUUAACUCUAGUGGAAAUGGGUUUUGAGGAAUCGGAUGCCAGAUUGGCCUUAAGAUCCAGUGCAGGCAACGUGGAUAGAGCUUUACAAUUUAUCCAAGAACGCAGGGAGAAAGUCGGUGAAGAACGCAGAAACUCAGCUCCUUUAAGGAAAGUAAAUCAAGAGAUGAGGGAGGCAAAUUCAGGAAGAGAGUGGGUGGAUCCCCGUAGUGUUUUCAGGCUCAUGGAAAUGGGAUACGAAAGAUGUUUGGUGGUAGAAGCUCUCAAGAGGACCAAAAAUAAUCUAGAACGAAGUGUUGACCUACUGCAGCGCCAUUCAGAUGAACUUAGGGCCAAUCUGCCAGCCGUACCGCCCAUCGAUGAAUCGUUAUUAUCCACACUACUACAACUGGGCUUUCAGGCCCCUUCCGCUCGAGCUGCCUUAGAAACAACCGAAAAUAAUUUCCGAAAAUCAGUGGAAUUUCUAUUGAAAAGUUUUGUCAACGAAUCGGAGUUAUUGGCAGUUGUUGAAGCCAUGACAAAGUUACUGGAAGAUCAUCGUCCAUCGGGCUCAAAUAGAGCUACUAGCAAUAGCUCUACCCCUUUCUUAAACUUAUCCGUCAGCAAGUUGAACUUUAUCGAAUCGGCUAUUGGUAUGGCCAAAUCGGAAAUGGAAUCGUACAAUGCCUUCAAGAGAUUCAAUGAAAACCUCUCUGACAAUAGUUCCAACUACUUGGAUCUGCCGUUGGUGCAGGAAGAGCAAAUUCUCAACGAGUACAGGCAUUUGCUGGAACGAUAGUUUUAAAAAUAUUUUAAAAUCAAAAGAUUAACUGAAACGCUGUCACUGAGAUAUUUUUAAAUAGUAAGACAUUAAACGCCGUGAGCCGUAUCUCU